AUGAGAGGACGAUAAAACUAAACGUCUUCUGGUACAAGAAGGAAUAUCAUUCCAAGAGGAGAUAAUCUUUUUAAUAGUCUCCAUCCAAGUAAUCCGUUGAUAAAUCAUGAGUAAAAGAAAUGGAUGAUAGGGGAUCAUGAGGAGAACUUAAAAAAGAUGAAAAAAAUCCUUGACUUAGAUAACUACCUCAAAAAGUAGCACUAUGGCUUUGAGCUUGCAAUUAAAUAGAUAAAAACUUAGCAGACUGAGUAAUAUGAUACCGCUAAUACUAUGGUUUAUUCAAGAGAUGCUAUGGUAAAUACUAAAUAUAAUGUGUCUCCUCAGCUAAAAUAGAGCCUUAGAAAAUCCAAAAACAUUCCAAUAAUAAUCCAAGCUGAUCUGCCUUAAAUUUUCGCUUAAAAAGCAUUGCUACUAAAAAGAGAAGAAAACCCUAAGAGUUCAAUAUCUGGGAAGAGGAGAAGUUUUAUUUAAGAUCACAUAGAUGCCAUUAAAUUGACAUCUAAGAGAUUAAACGUAUCGAUAGACUUGAGAUAAGUCGAAAGGUAAAACCAACCUCAUAUGAGUCCCAGUAUAUAGUCCUAAUAAUCUUGA